UAUGGACGACAUGAAUAAUUACGAUGAGUUUGGAAAUUACAUAGGACCAGAAAUAGAUUCAGAUGAAGAAGAUAAUGUGUAGAUUGAAGAAGAAUAGAUAGCUGAAAAUGACCAAGAACAUGUAAUAGCAAAUGUAAUAAAAUGCUUCUAUCUUUGAAGAGAGUGUAUAUACCUAAUCAAUAAGUUGCAGUAAUUCUUAAUGAAGACAAACAAUACUAUCCAGAUGCUUAACAAGUAUAUGGUCGAGAUGUUGAAAUCAAUGUUUAAGAAGAGGAUGCUUAACCAAUAACUUAGCCUAUGAUUGCUCCACUAAAAUCAAAGGAAUUUGAUAUCUAAGAGACAUAGAUACCUCAAACUACUUUCGACUAUGAGUUUCUAUGUCGUAUUUCUAAGAAUCCUGCUUUGGUAAGAAAUGUUGCAAUUGUAGGCGGUCUGCAUCAUGGUAAGACAUCANGAA